AAAUAAAAUGGGUCCUUAUAAUAGUCCAGCAGAAGGUCAAGAUUUUUAUGAAGCACUUCCUUGGAGUGAAGACUGUAGACCUAAAGAAUUAGAAUAUGCUGAACAACAUUUGGGUGAAGCACUCAUAGGAAAUCGACUAGUAAAGACCCCUUUUCAAGUAAACUUUAAAAAAUCUGUGAAGGAGAUUCCUUUAUGUCAGUUGAACAUAGAUGUGACACAUCUCGGUUCUUUCCGAAGAGCUAUUGCAGAGAAUUAUGUGUAUUAUUUGACAAUGGAUGGAAUAUCUUCGCCUGCCAUUCCUUUAGGAGAAACUGAUUUGCAACGUUUGGGUCUUCAUCUUGGAAAGAGACUGACCAAUCUGGAACAUGUGUAUAUUUACUCUCAGUUACAAUUUGAAAUAUACUACAAUAAUUCCAAUAUUAUUCGUUUCCAUGUUUUACCUUUAGGACCUGUAUUGAUAUCGGCCGAUAGUGUAUUUAAUCAUUCAAUUUCCUAUUCCGUGUCUUGGAAUCCAACAAACACCGUAGUGACAGAGCGUUUGGAAAGUCUUUCCUCACCUACUCUAUUUGAAUUCAGAUGGCCAUCUUUAUUAAGUUCUUUGAGUCUCAUCUUUUUUGUCCUUGCUAGCAUUGGCAUCAUUUUUAUCCGCAGAUUAAGAAGAGAGCUUCGAAGUACAGAAGAGCUUGAAAUGGGUGCCAUGGAAGAUGUAGAACGUGGUUGGAAACUCAUUCGUGGUGACGUCUUUCGCUUUCCAGAUUAUUACAAUCUACUUUGUGCCUUUUAUGGAGUUGGUCUUCAAUUGACUUUGUUGACGAUGAUUCUGUUCAUGAUUGGCUCCUUGGGUGGUUAUCAAAGGCGUGGUGGCGCUUCCUUCUUAUCUACUGCAAUAUUUAUGUAUUCAUUGACUAGUUUCAUUUCUGGUUUUGGAAGUGCACGACUUUAUCGACAAAUGAAUGGCCAACAUUGGGUUCGAAACACUCUUCUUUGUAUUUUCAUUUAUACUCUGCCAGUGUUUCUUAUUUGGAGUUGCAUCAAUACAAUGGCUCUCUUUUAUGAUUCUACUAUUGCUUUACCAUUUUCAUUGGGACUUGUUUUAUUUGCAUUGUGGGCAUUUAUUACUUUUCCUUGUACGGUAUUGGGGGCUAUUAUUGGAAAACAUACUGGAAGAAAAGGUUUCCGAGCUCCUGUUCGAACUUCAAAAAUAAAGAGAGAAAUUCCAAGGGCUCCUUGGUAUGCAUCAGUUUGGUUCCAAGCUUGCAUUGGAGGAAUUCUUCCAUUAAGCAUCGUUUUGGUGGAAACGCGAUAUAUCUUAAGUGCUAUUUGGGGUUAUGAGAAUCCUUCUUCCUUUAUUGUACUGUUCAUGUUGUUUCUUAUAUUGGUCAUUUGGAUUUCGGCAAUUACAAGCUUCCUCGUAUUCCAGCAACUCUGUUUUGAAAAUUACAAGUGGUGGUGGCGUUCAUUUCUGAAUGGAGGCUCUUGUGCGAUAUUCUUCUAUUUCUAUGCCAUUUACUAUUUCUACUUCCAAAGCAAUCUUUCGGGCUUCUUACAAUCGUUAUCUUUUUUAGGAUACACGUUUGCACUUAGUUAUGGACUGUUCUUAGCUUUAGGUUUCAUUGGUUUUGUUUCUGGUUUGACAUUUGUUCGAGUUAUUUAUCGUGCUAUUAAAACAGAUUGAUAGAGUUUCACUUGUAUUGACUUUCUUUCUAUGAAAAGCACACAAAGACAACUAUUCAUC